GCGAGGCCAGGAAAGAUGGGCAGGAAGCUGGAUCUGUCAGGCCUGACUGACGAGGAGGCGGAGCACGUCCUGAAAGUGGUCCAACGCGACAUGAAGCUGAGAAAGAAGGAGGAGGACAGACUGAGCGAGAUGAAGCAGGAGCUGGCGGAGGAAGGCAGCAGAUGCUCCAUCCUCUCCAAGCAGCACCGCUUCAACGAGCACUGCUGCAUCCGCUGCUGCUCGCCCUUCACCUUCCUGCUCAACCCCAAGCGCCUGUGCCUGGACUGCCAGUACAACGUCUGCAAGACCUGCUGCACCUACAACAACCGCGACAAAGCCUGGCUCUGCUCCACAUGCCAGAAGGGCAGGAUUUUAAGGACACAGUCUCUUGAAUGGUAUUACAACAAUGUGAAGAUUCGCUUCAAGCGGUUCGGCAGUGCCAAGGUUUUAAAGACUCUGUACAGGAAGCACAUCAUAGAGAGAGGAGCCCUCUCUGAACUCCCAGAAAGCAGCGUUCACGAAGGAAGCACUGGCAACGACAAUGAUGGCAGCAUCUGUGGCAGCGAUUCCGCCUUCUACAGACAAAGUGAAGGACACAGCAUGGCAGAGACGCUCACAGUCGCCCUGCGAGUUGCUGAAGAGGCGAUAGAGGAGGCCAUUGCGAAGGCAGAGGAGUUCAGUGACAGCUUGGAGAAGCAGAAUGAGGCUCGGUAUCUGCGGGACCACAAAGAGGAGCUCAUAGAGGAACUCGCCACAACCAUUGUACAAAAAAUCAUUCAGAGGAGGAAGCGCUCAGAAAUGCAGACAGAGUAUGACUUUGUCUGGCCUCAGCCUCAUUCCCUGAUUCCAUCCGGUGAACUCCCGUCUCCGUCUCCGUCUCCAUCUCAGACUCAGACUUCUUCUCAAGGAGCCCAGGACACCCUGAAGCAGUCCUACACCCUCUGGCGAUCACGGUCAGCGUUCUCCCUCACUAGUGACGACUCCCCAGAGAAAGGCCCAGAAGACGAGAGAGCAGGAGCAGGUGGGAGCCUGCAAGAUUACGCAUCCCUGAAAAGGGAAGGCAAGGCCACUUCCUUACCGAGCUGGAGGAGUGUUGACCGUCUGGACAACUCCAGUGCAUCCUCAGUGCUCCACAGUCCGGACGGUAACUGGAUUGCCCUGCACAGCUCACAGAUGUCUCGUCCCAGCCUGCUAACAAAGAGAAAGAGUCUGGUGUUCAGCGUGUUAGAAAAGGAGUCUGGUGUCAUCUCAGCCUACGACGAGAUGGGCUCAGACUCAGAGGAGGGCGAUGAAGCCUGCUGGGGUGUAGCUCUGAGACAGUUUCGUCGCAAGCUGUCCGAUGAUACAUACUACACAGACUCGCAGCAUGACCCUGAGUGGACAUACACACAGCACCACCCUGUCACCUCUCCAUCCUCGGGCCAGUUCACUAACACAGAGACUCUCAACUCGGACUCAGAAGCCUCCUCAGUGCUGUCAGCAUGUCCCCGCAAACCUCCUCACAACCACAUGAGGAAGAAAGGACAGCCGGACACUCACCUGCACCCUCAUCACCUUUACCAUCAGCACCUCCAGCAGAACUUCUCUCCUUAUCCACACCACUCAGAGACUCUGGAUGUGAACUUUAAUCCUAAGGUGAUGGGAGACAGCAGUGAAGCAGAGGAGAGGCAGAGUGACCUUGUCAGAAGGUCGCGGCGUCGCAGGAAAAGCAAAAGAGAGUCGUCGUCAGAGCGUAGCAGGCCUGAGAGCCAAACUCGUGCUCAGUCCAUUUACCCAUUAGUGCAGGAAAAUGGCGGGUAUCUACUCAACGCCCUCCUGAAGAGGGGCUUAGGUGAGGAACAGUCUGUACCUGACACCAUGCCAAUGGCCACAGCUGCACCAGAAGACUUCAAAUUAGAUGCCAUGACACCCGAGCCAGAAGACUUCCACUCACUGGCCCAAAAUUCAACUGCACUCAACUCCCCACAGCCCCAUUCUCUCGCUCCAGGGUCCAGGCACUCACCCAGCAGCCCGGGGCCCAUUGACCCUCUGGAAGAGGAGCUGCGAUCUCGUCUCAGCGAGCUGGUCAGCCGUGCCAACAGCAAAGACAGCAGCUCAUCUGAGGAGGAGUGCACAAAACAGCCUACGGACAAACAGAUAGAUAAGGAAAGCGACAGACAGAGAGAGAAGACGAGGCCGAAGGAAGCAGACAGAGAGAGGCAGAGGGUUCUGGAGAGAUUACGAGACAGGAGCAGCUUUAAGGAGAGGGGGGCAGCAGGUGAAACGGUCCAGAUGAACGGACAAGAGAUGAUGAGAGGUGAAAGACUGAUGAAGAGUUGUUCAGUGAGAGAAGAGGGAAGAGUGAGGGAGAGAAGGGUUGAGAAGAGAGUGGAGAGUUUGAGAGAGAAGUUAGACGAGCACGUGCAAAACAGAGGAGACAAACGAGAGCUGAGCAGACAAAGUAAGAGACAGCACCGAAGAGACGUGGAGAAGGACGGGGAGCAGAGAGGAGGAGCUAAGAGGAGUGGGAGCAGUGCAAGCUCACCUGCUCUUACACCUUCUUCUCAGGAGGGGGUGCUGUCUGACAACCAGGAGGGGCAAAAUGACUUGGAGCAACAACAGAGGCUUCAGUUGCUCUCCUCUCUCUUACAGCAGCAGAAGUACUCGGCAGCCUCUCUGUGCAGCAUCACCACAGAAGUGCUGAAGGUCUUGAACGCCACAGAGGAGCUGAUCGGAGAGGCAGGAGGCGAGAGCUUCACCCCAUCUGAGUCUACAUGUGCUUCUCCCGUCUCCAGCAGCGCAGAGGCCCGCCGGCUGGACCAGAGGUUGACCAAGAUGGAGGAGAAUGUGUACCUGGCUGCUGGUGCUGUGUACGGGCUGGAAGGGGCGUUAGGGGACCUCGAGCAUUGUGCCCGCAAUAUUAACAGUGGCACCACAGACACAGAGCUGGCCUUCUUGGAGGACCAGGUGGCCACAGCGGCCGCUCAGGUCCAGCAGUCUGAACUACAGAUAUCAAAUAUUGAGUCCAGGAUAUCAGCUCUGAAAACAGCUGGGCUGAAUGUGACUGCCUGUAAUCGCUUCUCCAAGUACAAGCCAAAGGCCAAGCCUCAGACUCUGGACUCAUCACGCCAUCAAAGGAGGAAGCUUCCUGCCCCUCCACUGAAAGAUAAAAUGGAGCCAGAGCAGCCGGUGAAAGCGUUUCGGCCAUAGGGACAGUCAGCAGCACAACACAAGUCCCUCAGGGCCACUUCAUAGCCCCAGGGACGUGGGGGCCCUCUCAUCCAGUGCCUUGACCCAGUGUCCGCCUCCAACUCCAGGCCAAACAGGGGCCAACACCUGCCCCGUAUGACCCACCAAGCACUCAGCCCCAAACGGCACCACAUCAGUCCAGUGCCGCACACGGAGGAUAUGACUGCCCAUUUUUCACAUUCAUUUUCUUCUGCUCACGACGCACAUCCACAACAAAGGACGACUCGACAGUCAGUGUCUCUGCCUUAAAAUCUGCUCUUCAUAACCCGACAGAAAAGAUACCUGUACAGACAAAAAUAACUCAUCACUUUUUCUAUCUGUUUGCAAGAGUAUUGUGAUUUACUGUACAAUGAAGAUGUGGAUUAAUCAUGUGGAACUUUCUGUGAUUCAGUGUCCCAAAAAGAGGCGGAGCCAUGUUUUAUACUGCAUCUUUUACCAUGCUGAACAGAUGUCAUGAGAAGUACCAUACUAAAGCCCCUUCAGAGUGUUUUUUAAUGAUUGUUCAUUUACACAUAUAUUACACUCACUCACAAACAGCUACCAGAAAUUAAUAGAUCAUUUGUGGAAUGAUUGUAACAAUUUUUUAAUGUUUUAACCAGAAAAUAAAGCCACAACAUUUUUAUGCCCUUUCCUCCAGAGACUAAAAAUGCAAAAGCUGAUAAUGGAUGACAGGGUUCACUUUAGAAAUCUGUCUUCUUUAAAAAAAAAAAAGAACCUAAAUCAGCCUCUAAAAGAACAGAGAAUUUAAGAGUAUUUUGGGAACCAAAAGGUAUUUCUUAGAGUUUAAGUUGAAGAUUGAUGCCACUCCAAUAUCUGAAGCUAUGCUGAAUAUGUAGCUUGUUGUUGCGUUAGCUAAAAUGAAAAUAGGAAGAACAGCUAGCCUUGAUCUUUCAAAAAAC